UCCUGUUUCAUCACCGGGCCCACAAUCACUGGAAACGCUGUACUGUCCAAAUCCUCCAGCACUGAGGCUUCCACUGCAAUCGCGAUGGCGUCUGCUGAUCUGAGACAGGAGCUGGACUGUUCCAUCUGCCUGAGCAUUUAUACAGAUCCUGUAACCCUGAGAUGUGGCCACAACUUCUGCCGGGUCUGUAUUGAUCGUGUGCUGGAUACACAGGAGGGGGCUGGAGCUUAUACCUGUCCUGACUGCAGAGCAGAGUGUCAGGAGCGUCCUGCACUGCAGAGGAACAUAACGCUGUGUAACAUAGUGGAGAGUUUCCUGUCUACUCGGCCAGACCAGGAGGAGACUGGGAUCUUCUGCACUUACUGUGUGGACUCUCCUGUACCUGCUGCUAAAUCCUGUCUGCUGUGUGAGGCUUCUCUGUGUGAUAAACACCUGAGAGUACACAGCAAGUCACCAGAGCACGUCUUAUGUGAUCCCACCACUGCCCUGGGGAACAGGAAAUGCUCCGUCCAUAAGGAGAUCUACAAGUAUUACUGCCCAGAGGAUGCUGCCUGUAUCUGUGUGUCCUGCAGGCUGGAUGGAGAACAUCGGGGACACCUGGUGGAGAUGCUGGAUGAGGCCUCUGAGAAGAAGAAGGAGAAGCUGAGGAAUGUUCUGCAGAAACUGACCACAAAGAGAGCGGAGACUGAGAAAAGAGCCCAGAGACUGCAGGAGCGCAGGAGAGAAGAUCAGGGAAAAGCAGCUGGUGUAAUAGAGACAGUCACUGCCCUGUUUAGAGACAUCAGGAGACAGCUGAAUGACCUGGAGAAGAGAGUCCUGAGUGAGAUCUCCAGGCAGGAACAGCGCGUUUCACUCUCAGUCUCUGAUCUGAUCCAGCAGCUGGAAAUAAAGAAGGACGAGCUGUCCGGGAAGAUGCGUCACAUUGAGGAGCUGUGUAACAUGUCUGAUCCAGUGACUGUCUUACAGGAACCAGACACAGGGGACUUGUGUGAUACUGAGGACACAGAGAGACAUGAUAACCAGGUCCGUGGUGCAGGAGAUCUGGAUGUGGGUCUCAUCUCAGGGACAUUACACACAUUAUCUGAUAUAAUAACAGGGAUAAAUACAGGGAUCUAUGUGCAGGAAGCUACAGCCCUAUUACUGGAUGUAACCACAGCUGGUGAUACAGAGUCUGAUAUAAUAACAGGGAUAAAUACAGGGAUCUAUGUGCAGGAGGCUACAGACCUAUUACUGGAUGUAACCACAGCUGGUGAUACAGAGUCUGAUAUAAUAACAGGGAUAAAUACAGGGAUCUAUGUGCAGGAGGCUACAGACAUAUUACUGGAUGUAACCACAGCUGGUGAUUAUAUACAGAUAUCAGGUGACAGGAAAACUGCAUCCUGGUCAUAUAUAAACCAGAAUCACCCAGUAACACCAGAGAGAUUUCAGUUUUAUCAGGUAAUAAGCAGCAGGAGAUUCUCCUCAGGGCGACAUGACUGGGAGGUGGAUGUCAGUAAGUCAGUGAUGUGGAUGGUGGGGAUAUGUUACCCCAGUAUAGACAGGAGAGGAUGGCAGUCACACAUUGGAUGUAAUAACAAGUCCUGGUGUGUGCGUAGGUAUAAUAAUCAUUACUAUGUGAGACAUGACAGGACAGAGAUCCGGUUACCUGACAAUAUCCCCUGUGACAGAGUGAGGGUAUAUCUGGAUUAUGGGGCAGGACAGCUGUCCUUUUAUUCUCUGUGUGACCCCAUCAGACACUUACACACCUACACUGCCGCCCUCACUGAGCCCCUCCAUGCUGCAUUAUGGGUAGCGGAUGGGUGUAUAACUAUAUGUGGGGGAGUCAGGAGCUGGGAGAAAUUACCAUAGAGAAUCUGCCCAGAGACUGGUGACAUCACGGGGAGGGGUAUAGGAUUGGGGGAACAUUCAGCCAAUAGAAUGAUGUAUUGGGUGGAGCUACAGCUGAGCCCCUCCCCCUGUGUUACCAUGUGACCAGUGUGUGGGUGUGUUCCCAUGUUGGUGUGGUAUGCUGGGUACACACUGACAGACAUAUCACCCACCCGGCUGUGAUGUCAUCACCGACAUAUCUAACGGCCAAUUGGUCAGUCAGUAUACUGUAGCUUACCUUAUUGGCUGCUCUGUCGGUGUGAUGGUGUGUCGGCAGACAUGUCGCUGAGGUGUGUACCCAGCCUUAGAGACUGUCAUUAUAAAUAUAUACAUAUACAUCUCUGUGGGAUUUCUCCACCUCUGACUCACUGACAGCUGUGAUUGGCUGCAAUAUCUGUCUGUCAGCCAGUCAGUGCUACGCUUGCUCCUAUUGGCUGUAUUGGGAUGAUGUCUCCUCCUACUGGUAAUUGUAGUACCAAGCUAUGGGCCUGAUCCAUGUUUGUAUAUGUAGCCCUAGGAAAGGGUUAAUCCUAAAAUAAAUAAAUAAAUAAAUAUAUGUGUAAUUUC